AUGCUGGUUUUCGUGACAUGCACUUACUUGGCGUCAAACAUGCUCAAUGUGAUCGUCUACACAUGGGAGCUGAUCGACAAGCCAUCACUUAUGUCAGAACAGUUGCGGCCGUUCUACACGCUCUCUUCUGAUCUGGUCUCUCUACUGACGGUGUUAGCUUGUGCUUGCCGUCUUCCUAUCUACAUUGCAUGCAAUGCACGAAUCCGAUGUGAAGUACUGGACGCGCUCAAUAGCUGCGUUCUCUUCAGUACCGGCAAAUAUGGCAAGGUUAGUAGUAGUGCCUAG